GUUCAGGCUGCUUCUCAUUUAGCUCAUUUCUUAUUCACAUUCACAUUCACUCUCACCCAUGAACCUUCCCCCUUCUUCCUUACAUAAUAAACACCUCUCUCUCUCUCUCAUCCUCACCCCCAAACAUUUCAGACAAGAACAUAAACAAACAUUUCACAAAGAGAUAACCUUUUCUUUCGUUGAAUCAAAUCACUGUGGAAGAAAUAUAUUGAAUUCAAGAGAUUGAAAAACCCAAUUUGAACAUGGAAUCCGCCAAUCUCUACUUCCUCUCGAUUCAUUCUCGAAAGGUAUCUCCUGGGGUCGAUUUCUUCUGAUUCUCAUUAGUAGGCUUUGCUGUUGUUGUUGUCGUGAUAGCUGUUGGAUGUAAUUGGAAAAAAAAAAAAAAGGUGAAAACUUUGAAGUUGCAAAUGUAUAUUUCACGGAUGGGUUUGAGUCGGAGUUUCCCGCCGCUUUCUGGGGUUGGUUAUCAGGAAAUUCUAGGGUUAGGGUUGGAUAUCGUCUUCCUCUAGCGUCUUCUUCUUCUUCUUCUUCACUUUUUAAAUCUCAAUUUAAUGGCUAAUUGGGAGAUCUGGGAUUUGGGUGAUUGAAAAAAUUAACAUUUUUGAUUUAAAAAAAAAAAAACAAGACAAGAUUCGAUUUUGUGAAAUGAAAGGCUCGAUUCUAUUGUCGAUGGAGAAUCACCACCCUUCAACGCUCUUAUCCAUGGACUCCAGCGGCUCCUCUCACGAAGAGCUCCUCGAUCUCGACAUGAACAAUGUUAACCACCACCAGAUCACUCUUUACAACCCUCCCGACAUCAACCUCCCUUUGUCUGUCGGAAGAAGCUCCCCCACGUGGAACUUGGACUCUUGCGAUAACAUCCUAGACGUUGGACUUAGCUCGCACGUCUACGAGACGGAGACGUUCCUCAACGUGGCUGCUCCGAGUAAAGUCAGUAAAAAAUGCUUGAAACGUGGAGAUAGCAUGUGGGGAGCUUGGUUUUUCUUCACCUCCUACUUCAGACCGGCACUGAACGAGAAAUCAAAGUCUAAGGUUGUCAGAGAAGCUGGUAACGGAGCAGGAGGAGGGGGAUGCUUUACAGGGUUUGAUAAAUCUGAUCUCAAGCUCGAUGUGUUCCUCGUUCAGCAUGAUAUGGAGAACAUGUACAUGUGGGCUUUUAAGGAUAAGCCCGAGAACGCCCUCGGUAAAAUGCAGCUGAGAAGCUAUAUGAACGGGCACUCGCGUCAAGGCGAGCGUCCGUUUCCCUUCAGCGCGGAGAAAGGGUUCGUUAGGUCUCACAGGAUGCAGAGGAAACACUACAGGGGACUCUCGAACCCUCAGUGUCUUCACGGGAUCGAGUUUGUGCCUUCUCCCAGUCUCAUGUGUGUCAGCGAAGAAGACAAGAAGAGGUGGAUGGAGCUAACUGGUCGAGAUUUGAAGUUCACUAUCCCACCCGAUGCUAGUGACUUCGGUUCAUGGAGAAACCUUCCCAACACGGACUUCGAGCUGCCUCAUGUUACAAAACCGGUUUUAAAUAACGCUAAGAAGAUACUUAAUGGUUCAGGAUUGCAUUUGACAAACAACGCUUCUUUCAGCAGCAAUGGUGACUCAUCAGAUCAAUCUCCAGGAGGAGGAGGAGGAGGCAACGUUAGUAAGAAGAGGAAAGAGUUUUUAUCUCCCGGGAGCAGCGAAGAAGAAUGCUGCUUGACUGGUAACAACGUUGAGACCCAGCCUGGUUGGGUAAAGGACUUCACUGGAGUGAUGAAGAACGUUCACGGGCCUUCGAUUGCAGCGAAGACCAUCUACGAAGACGAAGAAGCUUACCUGAUCGUGAUAACGUUGCCGUUCGUGGAUUUAAACAGCGUCAAGGUCUCGUGGAGGAACAGUAUCAGUAACGGAAUCGUGAAGGUGACGGGAUCGAGCACGUCGAGGGCUCCUUUGGUGAAGAGGCGGGAGCGUACUUUCAAGCUGGUUGAUCAGACGGCUGAGCAUUGUCCUCCGGGGGAGUUCAUGAGGGAGAUACAGCUGCCAAAUCGGAUUCCGGAAGAAGCAAACAUUGAAGCGUAUUUUGAUGGGACGGGACCUGUUCUUGAGAUUCUGGUGCCCAAGUUGAGGGGAGGAGUGGAGGAAGAACACGAGGUUAGGGUUUGUCUACGGCCACAGCAUCACCUCGGAGGAGCAGGCGAGCUUAAGUUGACGUGAUGAAACAUGUUUUCAUGCUACUUGUAGAAGCCAUUUGUAUACAAUGAUGGGAAAUAAGCAUAAGCAGAGGUGCAAUCCUAAGUGUAAUUUUGUUACUUUGUUUUUUUUUAUGUAUGGUUUAUAUAUUUCCAUUUUAAAAGAUUACAGUAGUUGAUGAUUGUCAAUACUCAAAGCAUUGUUUUUUUGUUGGCAUAAAAGGAAGAUGAUUGUUUAAACGAA